AUGUCAACAAUUGAGACCGAUAUGAGCCGGCCUCAAAAAACCACCAGCAGAGCUAAUAAGGUAGACAAAUCGUUUGCAUCGUCGUUUAAAAGAUGGGGUAGGGGCCAUCCCUUCAUCAGAUAUGGACUCCCCAUGAUUUCUCUCACUGUUUUUGGUGCUUUAGGUCUUGCUCAUCUCUUGCAAGGCAGGAAGGAUAUUGCAAAGGUGAAAGAUGAUCGAGAAUGGGAGAUUAUUGAGACAAAAGAAGCAUUAUCUAGAUCGGGACCAACAGGAUCAUACAAGCCUAAAAAGAUAUCAUUGGAAGAGGAGUUAAAGGCUGUGCAAAAGAAAGUGGACAUAAACAAUUUUGAAUACAAAAAAAUUCCCAGGCCAAAAGAAGGCAUAUCAGGCUAG